UACAAGAAACACAUUUUGGGUAUCUAGUAAACAUCAAAGUUCUUAAAUUGGAAAACGUUGUUCAUCGAUAGUUAUUUAAAUACGCUUUGAACAUAACUCCUGGUUAAAAUAGUAUUACUUAAUCCACUUAAAACAGAUUAUCAAAAUGAGUGAUUUAGUAAUUGGAAUAGACCUGGGAACAACAAAUUCUUGUGUUGCCAUUUUCAUGAACGAUAAGAUGAAAAUUCUGGAACAUAAUUCAGGCGACCGAAUUGUACCAUCCUUUAUAUUUUUUAACACAGAUGGGAGUGUCUUCAUUGGAGAGCAUGCGAAAAACAAGGCCGAUGAUGAACCCAAAAAUGGAAUUUAUGAAAUGAAACGCCUUGUAGGCAGAAAAUACGACGACUCCUUGCUUCAGAAAAGUUUGAAAUACUUUCCUUUCGAUGUUUCCGCCGAUGCUUCAAAUAAUCCUGUUGUUUCUUUUAAACAGAGACGUGUCACUAUUACGAAGACCCCGCAAGAAUUAUAUACAAUUUUGCUCGAAGAAUUGAAAAAGUUCACGAAAGACAAAUUGGGUGAAGCUGUUAACAAGGUUGUUAUCACAGUUCCUGCCUAUUUUAACGUUACACAAAGAGAAGUAACUUUAGCGGCUGCUAAAGAUGCUGGGUUUACCGUGCUUAAACUUCAAAACGAACCGACAGCUGCUGCUUUAGCUUAUUACCACGAUCACGAUAUUCACGAAACUCAUCGUUCUUUAGUUUACGAUUUAGGUGGUGGUACUUUCGAUGUUGCUAUACUUGAAAAACGUUUUAAUGACAUAGAUGUGAUUUGUGUAGCUGGAGACACCCAGCUGGGCGGACACGACUUAGAUAACUUGAUUUUGGAUUUCGUUUGUAAGCAGUUGAAGAGCAAAUAUGACUAUGACGCAAGCUAUAAACCUGACGAUAAACGAAGGUUGCGAAACAAGUGUGAAAAGGCAAAAAAGAAACUUUCCGUUUCAGAUGAGGCCUCAAUUACUAUUAACGGAAUGGUUCCUAACAAACCCCAAGUUAAAAUUCCUUUGACGAGGAAAGAAUUUGAAAAGAUGGCCGACAAGUUUUUCCAGAAAACCAUUGACAUUUUAGAUAAUUGUUUAAAAGAUUCCGGAUUUAGUAAGACAUCAAUUCAAGAAGUCAUUUUAUGCGGUGGUUCCACACGUAUACCAAAAAUUCAGGAAUUGGUUUCUAAGUACUUUGGUGGUAAACAACUAAACAAGUUUGAAAAUCCUGACGAAUGCGUUGCUGAAGGUGCAGCGUUACAAGCGGCGAUGUUAUCAACCAGCACAAGACAGCACAUCGAAGAACUGAAGCUGGUCGAGGUGGUACCUCUUUCUAUAGGUUUCGAUAGCCUGGGAAAUGAAAUGAUUUUCAUAAUUAAACGUGGUUCAAAAUUGCCCGUAAGUGCGUCACACACUUAUGUAAAUUUAAAAGAUGACGAAACAUCAUUUACGCUGGGUGUGUAUGAAGGAGAACGCUUAGAUGCCAGAAAGAAUCGUCAAUUGGACAGUAUAACAAUAAAUAACGUAACUCCCGCACCUCCGGGUCAACGAGAAGUUGAGUUUACUUUAAGCAUCGAUACAAACGGUAUUUUGACCGCAAAAGCUACAGAAAAGUUACGCAACAACACCAAGAGUUUGAAAGUUCAGUAUACCACAGGCGGCAGAAGUGAUCGCGAAAUUAAGAAUUCACUUUUGGCUGCGGCAGAAAAUAAAAUCAACGACGAAAAAUUUGUACGUUUUGUGAAAUUUAAACGGUAUUUAAUCAAGUAUUGUGUAAGUAUAAUGUACAAUCUAGAGGAGAAUGAUCUACUUGACAGUUAUGAAGAUAUUUAUGAUUUUUGUAACAGCACUAAAUUGACAGCCCAAACGCUGGAAAUGGAUGAAGAAAAUCGUGUAAAACAACUAAUUCAGGAGUGUGAGCGGCGUUGUAACUCACUAGUGCACACCUACGAUUUUGACUUUAUGCCCCAGUUGGGUUAAAUGCUUGUGUACUCAGUCAGUUUAGUUAAGUGUUGUAGCAUUUGUUUUAACUUCAAUAUGGCAAUUAUUUAAAAUGUGAUAGCAAAACAAAACAUUUUGUUACAUUUUCACAAAUUUAGUUAUUGUGAAAAACACACAAAUACUUAGUUUUUACUAUCA